AUGGUUCCAGGCACUACAGAAAUCAAAACUGCCACCGAGCAGGAAAAGGACAAAGCCACAAUCCUUAUAAGGCAUCAUUUACAUGACAGCCUGAAAACUGAAUAUCUGUUAGUGGAAAAUCCCAAAGAGUUGUGGGAUAGCCUUAAAGAAAGAUAUGGACACCAUAAAAGGGUGCUCCUACCAAAGGCUCAAUUUGACUGGACCAAUCUGAGGUUCCAGGAUUUUAAAUCUGUCAAUGAAUAUAACUCAACACUAUUCAAAAUUGUAUCAUUACUGAAAUACUGUGACCAAGCGGUCACAGAAGAUCAAAUGAUAGAGAAAACCCUCUCCACAUUUCAUGCGAACAAUAUUAGCAAUGAUCUUCUGUUGAAAAACCAUAAUCUUAGACCAACUGGGUCUAUGGCAUUCAAUGAAUCAAAUGCUGUUGAAAGCUCAAACCCACCUGAGGCAAAUGGUGCACGUAGAGGUGGACGUGGAGGAUAUAACCACCGCGGUAGAGGACGCGGAAACCACCGCGGGCGUGGCCGUGGUCGUGGUCGUGGCAGGGGUUAUCUCGCCCCUAGAAACAAUAACCACAAAGGGCAUCAACAAGGAAAUCAAAAGCAGACCCCCUCAAAAGAAAAAGACACAUGCUUUAGAUGUGGCAUGCCUGGCCAUUGGGGGAAAACAUGUCGUACUGCCAAACAUUUGGUAGAUUUGUACCAAGCAUCCAUAAAAGGCAAAGGAAAAGUUGCAGAGACAAACUAUGUAAAUGAGGAAAAUACCUCAGUGCCAAGCUUUGAUGUGUCUGAUUUCUUCGUGGCAAUAAUUUGA